GGGGAAAGUGGCUGCUGUGGGUGCUGAGAUGAGGUUUCUUUCCGAGGAAUAAUACGACCUAACUUAUGUCUUCCUUUAACUUCUACUUAUCCUGAAAUUGCCUGUGUUGGAGACGAGGAAGGAUCCGGAGUAGUUUAGGACCCAGCAGACAGUGGCAGGUGGCAGUUGUGUAGAUCACUGAGAGACUAAGAGGGUCCAGUCCAGUUUUAAUUCUGUCUCUAAUCUCUGCCACAGCAGUGCUUUCCCCAACAGCCCCAGCUCGGGUGUCUCUCUCUCUCUCUCUCUCUCUCCAGCCUGAUCCACAGCAAAAACAUGUCACUGGCUUCCUCACAAUGGAAACCCUAGAGGGAAAAGUGGCCCCAGAUGCGCAAGCCUGAGGAUUCGGUACAAAGAGGUGCACAACAUGAAGACCCUGAUGCGCCAUGGGCUGGCGGUGUGUUUAGUGCUCACCACCAUGUGCACCAGCUUGUUGCUCAUGUACAGCAGCAUCGGCGGCGGGGGCCCGAAAGAGCCGAGCCAGCAGCAGCAGCAGGUGGCGGUGGCGGCCAGUGGGAAGCCGGAGACCGAGCAGUUGGGCAGCAGCCAGCAGCGCCAGAGGCUCCCUGUGGGGGCUGGGCUCCUAGAGGGCUACAUCAGUGUCCUGGACCACAAGCCUUUGAAAAUGCACUGCAAGAGUUGUGCACUGGUAACCAGUUCUGGACACCUUUUGGGAAGCAAACAAGGCAACAGAAUCGACCAGACUGAGUGUGUAAUACGAAUGAACGAUGCACCCACUCGAGGUUAUGGAAAAGAUGUUGGAAACAAAACUAGCCUUCGAGUCAUUGCACAUUCUAGUAUCCAGAGAAUUUUGCGAAACCGCAAUGAACUGUUAAAUAUGAGUCAAGGUACUGUGUUUAUCUUCUGGGGUCCCAGCAGCUAUAUGAGAAGAGAUGGAAAAGGUUUGGUUUAUAAUAAUCUGCAAUUGAUGAAUCAGAUACUACCUCAGUUAAAAGUAUAUAUGGUUUCUCGGCACAAGAUGCUUCAAUUUGACGACCUCUUCAAACGGGAAACUGGCAAAGACAGGAAGAUAUCCAACACUUGGCUUAGCACAGGAUGGUUCACAAUGACUAUCGCAUUAGAACUCUGUGACAGGAUAAAUGUUUAUGGCAUGGUGCCACCAGAUUUCUGCAGGGAUCCUAAUCAUUCUUCAGUACCUUAUCAUUAUUAUGAACCUUUGGGACCUGAUGAAUGUACAAUGUACAUUUCACACGAGCGGGGACGAAAGGGCAGCCAUCAUCGUUUUAUCACAGAGAAACGAGUGUUUGAGAACUGGGCACGGACAUUCAAUAUUCACUUUUUUCAACCAGACUGGAAACCAGAAUCACUUACGAUAAAUCACCUGGAGAUUAAACCCGUGUUCUGAGGAAUGAAUGCACAAGACUGCAAUCACAAUCACCUACUGUAUCAGGCUUCAGGGUAUUGAACCUCGCAGAAGAACAAGGCAAUCUAAAAAAGCAAGGUUAACAGGAUUUGUGGGUGGAAACCACUACAAUAUUCAGGAAGUUCUCGCGAAGGAAUACGUAAAAGGACAUUUUGUAUCCAAUUGUAUUAUAAUCCAAUAAUUAACAUUGUCCAGCCAGCUCACCUCCUGUCUAAGUAUGUGAUCUGUAAAAAGCAACUUGACUAUCAUUAAUGGGAUGUUUAAUUCAUUAUAGUUUUUUAAAGCACGUUGCCACUGAAUUUUCAUAGUGAAAACUUAAAAUACUUAUUUAAUGGAGGUUUUUAUGCAGGCUAGGCCAGUAUUUUUCUAAUUCACAAUUAUGUGAUUAUCUUUCAUAAGCCUUCAAAUCCAAAAUAUAUUGCUGGUCGUAUAGAAAGGCCUAACUUCUUGUUUAUAAGUUUUCCCUUUGAAAAAUAUGAUUCUAUUGAGCAUGUAAUUAAUAUUUGAUCUGGAAAUGUUGUAUUUCUUUUUAAAUGGCUGGGCUCCACUCCAAGGUAGAGUCUUUAACGGCAAGAAAAUUCCCAUGUGAAGAUCGUGUGUGAGAUGCUACAGUCUGACAUUUCACAUUAAUAUGAAAAUGGCAAAGAAAAUUCCUUUUGAUGUAAAUGUGCCCUUGCAGCUAUGAUGUCAGGCUGCUCUUUCUUAAUGGAGACGGGGUAGAGGGCAGGGCAAGGUUUACUAGAUUUUAUCCUGGGAUAUCACCACCAUCUGUGGCACUGUGUGUAUAAUUAAGACUGAGAAAUGAGAGGGGCCACUUCAGGAGGUCAGAGGACGCUCACUAACUCCAUUAUUCUGUUUGGCCUUUUAUACUUCCCACUAACUCUGUAAUCCUCCCAUUUCCAGCUGCAAUCUGCAGACAGCCCGCAAUGGAUUAAGAGUAUAUGAACUGAUGCCUUCCCCUACGAUAGGUACUUAUGUGAUGUUCCUAAGUCUACACCAACCAGCAGAAUAGAAAUCGUAUGGCAUCAAUCACAUGAGAUAUAACGUUACCAUUCCAAACUCUCUCCCAUCCAUUUCCCCAGUAACUUUCUUCUGAUAGAUCCUGGGUCACAGAGAGAUUAGGAGCCUGAGUGGCUUGAGUUCAGUGGUUCUGAGACUGUCCCCUUGAGGACAAAAAGUAGCAGAACAUGGCAGGUUCUUCAUGAUGCACAUGUGGCUAGUUCCUGUGAAUUACAGGGGUGGACACUAAUAGUUCGAUAUAUGGAAAUUCACAGUGGGUCUUAUUGCGUUAUAAUGGCUUGUGCAGAAAGAUGGAUUUCAUUUCCAGUAUUAUUUGUCCUUUCACCUCCCAACUACUGAAACUCAAUCACUUCUUCGAAGUAAUUGUGGGGAGUAAUUUACUUAUUACAUGAAUGCUAUAAUUCAGGCGAUAAAGCUCCUUCGUUGUACAAAUUGUGAAACCAAAGCUAUUGUUAAUGGUUGAUCUUAAACUGUCAAAAGUCAGGAAGCUCAAAAGUGAGGUGCAAUACACCGAGGCAGUGGGAUCAUACUGGGUGUACACAAUUUGCCCAAAUUCACACCUGAUGGGAGUAGCUGCACCUCCUAUGGAAGUCUCUGCCUCAUACUCAGCCAGGACAUAAACGGUGGUGGCAUUUGGUUAGAAAAUGGGCGUAAUGGGUCAUAUAGCAUAAUUUGCACCAAUUUAUGAUUCCGUGAGAAUCUAAACUGUAACUGCAAAGAGGUGGAAGGGAUGCAGCAAGUAGGAUACAGCAGUCCUUCUAAUUUGCCUCAGUUGGUAUUUUUUCCCCUGCUACUUACUCUUUCCGUCUGGAAACCCCUGAAUGCAAAACUAGUACAAGUUACACUACUUGGCCAAUUAUUUACCCCCAUGCUCUGGCCAAUUUCCAGCUGAUGUUUAAUUUCCACCAUUUAGGGAAGGAGUUCUCAAACUUCAUUGCACCAUGACCCUCUUCUGACAACAAAAAUUACUACACAAGGGGGGACCAAAGCUUGAGUCCUGCUGCCCCGGAUGUGGGGGCCAAAGCCGAGGCAAGGGGCUUGUAACCUGAGCCCUGCCACCCAGGGCUGACGCUCUCGGGCUUUAGCUUCCGUCCUAGGCCAUGCAGCUCAGGCUUUGGCCCGGUGUGAUGGGGCUCAGACUUCAGCUUCGACCCUGGGCCCCAGCAAGUCUAAGACAGCCCUCAUAACCCCAUUAAAACAGGGUUGUGACCCACUUUGGGGUUCUGACUCCCAAUUUGAGAAUCGUGGAUUUAGGGUGAGCUUCCCAGCCCAGGUAGACAGACACACACUAGCUAAAGUUGAGGUAGCUCGCUAACAAUGAGCACCGAGGAUGUUGUGGCACAAACAGUGCCAUGGAUUAGCCACCUGAGUACAAGCCCUCUUGACUCUCUCUCUCUCACACCCACACACACACACACCCCCUCCCCCCCCUCCCCACAGGUGACUAGCCUGUGUCAUAAUGUCCACACUGCUAUUUUCAGCACAUUAGCUUGAGUAGAGGUAGCUUGUGUCUGUCUGCCUGGGCAGGCAGGCAUGGGUCCCAGCUGCCGUGAAGACAUACCCUUAGUGACUGUGUUUUAUUCCUCACAUGUUAUGUCAUGGCACCUUAGAAAGAAGAGAAUGGAUUUUAAACUAAUGAUUAUGUGACGAACCAUUUCACCCUGGCUACUGGCGGCAUAUCCAGCACAUAGUGAACUUUAGUCAACUUAAAAUUGGUGAACUUUAGUCAAAUUGAUUUACAGAGGAUGUUAAUGGUCACUGUAAAAGAUUUUGUUAUAGAUUACAAUGGCUCCUAGGCUGCCAUAGUGACCUGUCUUUUAGUUACUUUAUUAUUGGUUUAAUGCUAAAAGGAUUUUGGACAUGGUAAAAUAUAGCGCUGUUAGGAUAUGUCUACACUGCAAAAAGAAACAGGCAGCACACAGUCUCAGAGCCCGGUCCGUUGGCUGCGACUCAGGCUGUGGGACUAAAAAUAGCAGUAGAGACGCUCAGUCUCGGGUUGGCGCCCAGGCUGUGAGCCCCUUGCUGCAUUUCAGCACCCAGGCUCCAGCCCAACGCUGAUCAGCUAAACUGCUAUUUUUAGCCCCACAGCCUGAGCCCAAGUCAGCGGACUCAGGCCAGCCACAGCUGUGCUGCAGCUCUUUCAUUGCAGAGCCAAUGUAGCUUGAGGUCUUCUAUCACUGUGUGGCUGUCAGGCUUGCAUGCGACAUGCCGCCAUAGUAAAAAUCCCUAAGAAAUUGUAGUUAAAUAUGGGUUAAACAGUGUACUGGUCCCUUUUCUAUAUUAACUAGGAAUUGCCAGCCUGGAUUAGAGGCAAGGUCCAGCUCAUCUAGUGUCCUGUCACCAACAAUGGCCAGUACCAGAUACUUUGGGGUGGGGUAGGAGAGGGGAACGAGAACCCUGCAGGAGGCAGUUGUGGGUUAAUCUCUAAUAGCUAGAGAUCGGAUUUAGCCUUGAAGUAGGAGGUUUAAUAUCGUUACCAGUAACUAUUCUAUAAUCUGGUGGCUGCUGUUAUCCAUUAAAUGGCCAAUGACUCCUCUAAGGUAUUAGGUGGCUAACUGCCUCAUUAGAUACCUAACACCUCCAUUUAGCUGCCACUGACUUUUUUCAAAAGUGCCACUCUGCUGCUAGCUAACCCUAAGUCCUCUAGGUGCCUAUGAGUCCUCCAAUCAGCAUUCACAAAGCCACCUCAGCCCACAGGCCACCUCCCCCCCCCCCCCAGCUAACACACAGUUUAGGCUGGGUGCCCACCCGCCCAGCAGGCUACCAUCUAUCUUGUCAGUGGGGCCUGCUCCCAUAGGCAUGCACUGAACAUGCAGCUGGGGGGGGGCUGGAUGCAGGCUCCUAGUAGGUAGGGUUGCCAAGUUGCUAAUGGAACAAAACUGAACACCCCUGCCCCUUCUCUGAGGCUCCACCUCCACUCUCUCCAUUCCCACUUCCUCCUCCCCACUCUCACUCACUUUCACUGGGGGUGUGGGAGAGGGCUCCGGCCGGGGCACGAGAUUGGUGCAUGGGGGGGUAUGGGCUCGGGGUUAUGGCCAGAACUGAGGGGUUCAGGGUGCAGGAGAGGGCUUCAAGCUGGAGCAGGGGUCCCGGGGGCACUUACUGCACCUCCCAGGAGGCGGCUGCCAGGUCCCUGCAGCCCUGGCCAAUGGGAGUUGUAGAGCCUGCACUCGGGGCGGGGGAAGGGUGGGGGGAAGCGCAUGAAGCUUCCCUGGCUUCCCAUGCGCCUAGGGGCUGCAAGGACCUGGUGGCCACUUCCAGGAGCUGCACAGCACUAAGGAGGGCAGGGAGCCUGCCUUAGCCCUGGGCCCUCACUGUGCCACUGAUGAGACUUUUAACGGCCAGAUUGGUGGUGCCAACCAGAGCCGCCAGGGUCCCUUUUCGACUGGGUAUUCCGGUCAAAAACUGGAUGCCUGGCAAUCCUACUUGUAAGCCCAGGAGCAGCACCCACCAGGGGAACAGGGUAAAUGUGACAGAGGUCAAGAAUGAGCAGGACCCAGAGAGAGCAAGCGAUGCAGUUUUGGCUGCUGGGGUCUCAUGCCAACACAGGGUUCAGAGCUCAGGAUCCAGAGUGGCAUGGGUGCCUGGCUCUGAUCAGUAGCCCACUGUACCAGGCCAGCCACUUAGGUACUUAAGCAAAGACAGGAGACAGGCUCAUGGGCAUGUCCCUCCUAGCUCGCUGAGGUUGCUUCCUGCUCAGCUUGCUAGUUUCUGGAAAAGAAACAAUAGCCCUUAGGUGCCUGGGACUGGCACUACAAAGGGACUUAGGUGAUGCAAGUGGCAUCCUCAGGUCCAAGUUAGGCAUCCAGGCUCCUCCACAUGCUGCGUGGGUAGAGUUAAAUGCGUAAGGGAAUGGCUAUGCUGGAAUCAGGGUGUCUGACCGCAGCACAUGUAGCCAGACCUGAACCACCUUUACCGGAGCUGGCUUGGGGUGCAACAGCAGCGAAGCCAUGGCAGCUCAGGCUGCAGACGUGCAGCCGGGCCCCCGAGCUCGUCCACGCUGACGUCUGUGUUGCCGCAGCUUCACCAAACAAGCUAGCGCAGCUAUGUACAACCCUGUGCCAUCACGCACAUGCUAAUUGUAGUGUAGACAUACCCUAAAAAAUGGGCGUUUCAGACGCCAACAAGCUAGCCAGCUAACCAAGCCCAUAGGAAAUGCUGAGGUGAGGGGUGUAACCGUAGUUCUGCCCACAGGCAGCGGGUGAAGCUUCCCCUUGGGGAGGCUAGCCCCUGUCUGCCUUUUCUAGCCGAGGGCCCUUCCCCACUCUGUGCUGUCUGCCUCUCCCUGUGGCACGGGGGAGGAGGGCUGAGAGCCCAGCCCUGACUCCCCUCAGAGCCCUGCGAGCUCGGUCAGGGCCACUGGGUGGGGAAGGAGCGCUGAGAGCCUUGUCAGGGCCACAGGGCUGAGCACCUCCACUCUCCACGACCCUGGCCAGGCCCAGGGGAGAGGGGAGGCUGAGAGCUUGGUUGGGGCUAUGGGGGGAAGGUGUUGAAAGCUCGGCCCUGGCCCUAUUCCACCCCUCCACUUCCCCAUCUCCUGAGGCCAGAAAAGCUCUGUGCCCCUGCCGUGGCUGCAGCGGGGAGCGAGAAUGCCUUCAGGCCUGGGGCCAUGGCAGGAGAUUUUUUUCAGGGGGACCAGGGCCCCAGAGCUAUCACUCCCCAUCCCCUGGCAGCACGAGGUUUGGGGAGUUAGGCACCAGGCUGGACCAGUGCCUCCCUACACUUGGCAUUCACAGCCAUGAACCCACUCCUGGCGUUAGGUGCCUAAGCCAGUCAGCCCUUUCUCAAGAAAAACCUCAGAGGUGGUGGUGGUGGUGGGGGUCUGCUUUUAACUGAAAUCCUAGGGGCAAGAGCAUUUACCCAGGAUGUGAGAGCCAAAUCCCCCCCCCCAACUGUGGACCAGCCACCCUCCCACGGAGAGUGCCCUAAGCACUGGGGUACUUGGGAGGCAUGGGGGUGUGUGUGUCUUGAUCUCUCCUGUUGCUGCUCUUCCACUGUGUAUAAUUAAGUAGUUGGGAAAUGGGGGUGGGGGAGGGGGGGGGGAAAUAUGAAUGAAUUGCUAUUGGCCAGUGGGUAGGACAUUCUCUGCUUCCCCACCUCCUAGGGGCUGCGGGGGAAGAAGGGGCAAUCCCAUAGGCCUUACUAGUCACAGAAUUUGUCAUGCCUCCCUCGCCUGCCCCCCCACGUUACAUGUAAUCUGAAAGUUGUUUUUUUUUUUGGCAAGGGCUCUACCCUGCAGCAGGACUGGGAUCCCCCUGCCAUACUAGCGGGAGUGAGCUAAAAAUUCAACAAACAAUGUGGGAGCAAGUGGGUAUCACAGGAUGGGAUGGGAGGAGCAGUAAGAGAGGCAUUGUCACUACGUACUGCUGCUGGCAGUGGUGCUGCCUUCAGAGCUAGGUGCUAGAGAGUGGCAGCUGGGGGGUGGGGGGAGCAUUUAUGGUGUUUGCGGCCUAUUUGUUUAAUCCCACUCCCAUCCCACACGAUAGAGACUGUUGCAUUUCUCCCCAUCCCGAAAGCAUCCCCUCCUCCCCCCAGUUUACACACCACUGCCAAAAAGCAUCCUCGGAGCCUAACUAUGGGUUGGGCCCCAUGGGUGAGAUUGGUUGGGGCUGAGAAUCCCACCAAGGCCCAUGAGUUAGGCAGCAAGUCACUUGGUGGUGUCAGGACUGAAGCAGCUGCAUAUCCACUGUGUCAGCAUCUCCAUCUUUACCAAUAGAAACGUAGGUGCCUACGAGGCAUUCGAUCCACAAAGGAGGUUUUAGCUCAGCACUGCAAUGUCUAAUUUUAGUCACCGUGCUGCCUAAUAAAAUCCUUAGCCUUGAGUUGGGCAUCCAGACUCCCUAUGCAAUGCAUAGGAAGAGUUGGGCACUUAAAAGUGGGAUUCACAGCAGGAAGCAAGCUGAGCCAAUAGGAAAUGCCAAGGACAGAACUUAUCUGUGAACUAGGGUUCUGGGCCACUUAGCAGCUCUGGACCAGCAUCAGCACUCAGGCAGCUUUGCACAUACCUAACUGGUGAAACUCAGGUGCCCACACUUAGGGUUAGAUGGCAGCUGAGUAGUGGUUUUGAGCCUGUCAGUGGUGCCUAAAUGUUGGACUCAGAUGGCACAGUACCUUUGUAGAUCAAGCCCCUAACUCUCCCCCUAUGUUGUAUGGGGAGCCUAAGUGCCAACCUUGGGGCUGAAAAUUCCUGUGGGCGGCAGGGCAACUAAGGCUUAGGUAUUGGAACACCUGAUCCAAUACCUAAGUAGCUUUAAGGAUCUGGGUCUGAGUUCCCCCAUCUAAUUAAGCAGAAUGUAGAAGUAUUUCUUAAGGCUGCUUCAGCGUUUACGCCAAAAAUUUCUAAGGAAAUACUUUUCAGACAGUGUGUAAUGAGAACUCACUGCCCCAGGAUGGGGAUGAGGCCAAGACCUUAGCAAAAGGGACUGGAUAUUUAUAGGGAAAUAAAUCGUUUUUAAUUUCCCCCCCUCUAGUCCACACGGCAAAAAUUACUGGAAUACAAAAUAAAACCUAGUGAAGUCAUUCAUUUUUAAAAAUGCGUUAGUACUAUUUCUAUUUACAAAUGACCAAACUGCUUUUUUUCUACGUUUUGAAAAGGUGUAACUGUGUGCUACAGUCCAGCCUGGUGUGGGGUUUUAGAGGACAGUUAAAAACAUAUCUUAAACUAAGGCUUGGUAAUGGUAAAGGCUGCCAGGCUUGAGAUGUAGUGCUACUGGGCACCACUGUCCUUAUCUGCUUUGUACUGUCAUUCUAGACCUGUCACGAUGAUUGUAUUGACUCAUUAGCUUCAGCGUGCAUCACCUCUGAUAUUAAAAAAACCAUUGUAAAACAGUG